ACGACUUUGAGUGAAGAUUUACCUACAGUUCAACUUUCAAGCUGAUAGACAUCCCCAACCGGGAAAUUUCCCACUAUAAUGGAAACUAAUCUCUUGCAGAGGAGGCAGGCACAAUAUCUGUUAUCAGCAGGUUCUCAAAAUUGAAUGGCCAGCCACACUUUAUGUUAACUUGUGGUGGUUGUUAUCGUGUUUGUUGUUGUUGGCGUGUAUAAAAAGUUUCCAAAUGGAUAGCUGAUGCAGCGGCGCAGCAAACAUUUGCCGUACCGAUCUGAAUGCUUCGUUGGUUAUUCUCUAAAUCAAUCCAGAUAUGGGCAAGAUGGGAGGUGAAUUAUUAGCCACGGUCAUAUUAUUAGGGUUCAUCAUUCAUGCCUCGACCCAGGCACCACCAGGGGGAGGAGGAGGCGGCAACAACAACCCUGAUCCUCUGGAUAUUGUCUUUUUUCAGGGGUUCAAUUGGGAAUCAUGGAAGAGCGGUUCCUGGUACAACGUACUGGAAGGGGCUGCGAAAGAGAUCGCAGGGGCCGGUAUAACAGAUGUCUGGUUUCCCCCACCUUCUCAGUCUGUAGGUCCACAAGGUUAUCUGCCGGGGAAGCUGUACGACCUGGACGAAUCCAAGUAUGGAACUUCCUCUGAGCUGCGGCAGGCGGUUCAGGCGUUCCACCAGAACGGAGUGGGGUGUGUGUGCGACAUAGUCAUCAAUCACCGGACGGGCUCAAAGCAGGACGACAAAGGGAACUGGUGUAUUUUCGAAGGAGGAACAGAUGACGACCGCCUCGACUGGGGCGCCUGGGCCAUUCCCGUCAACGACAAGCCCUACUCAUGCGGCACGGGCAAUGCGGACACUGGAAAAGACUACGAGGCUGCCCCUGACGUCGAUCACACAAACCCGCGUGUGCAGAGCGAGUUGUCCGAGUGGAUGAAGUGGCUCAUGUCCGAUAUUGGCUUUGACGGCUGGAGGUUCGACUUCGCCAGAGGAUACGCCGGGAAUUUCCUGUCUAUGUACAUCCAAAACACCACACCUUCUUUCGCUGUGGGAGAGGUGUGGGACACACUUAAUUUUGGAAACGGAGGAGAGAAUGCUCAUCGGCAGGGCCUGGUCGAUUGGGUUCACUCCACCGCCGAUAGUUCUGCCGCUUUCGACUUUACUACCAAAGGAAUUCUGCAGCUUGCUGUGCAGAACAACGAGCUCUGGCGUUUAAGGGACUCCAACGGCAAACCCUCUGGCAUGAUCGGCGUCUUGCCCGAAAAGGCCAUCACCUUCAUUGACAACCACGACACGGGCUCUACGCAGAACUUAUGGCCAUUUCCUCCUGAUAAACUUAUGCAAGGAUAUGCCUAUAUUCUCACUCACCCCGGAGUGCCCACCAUUUUUUAUGAUCAUUUUCAGGACACGAACUUGAAGGGGGGCAUCAAACAGCUGAUUGAAAUACGAAAGAGAAACCAAAUCAAGGCCAACAGUGCUUGUACCAUCAUAACCGCAGAGUCCGACUUGUACAUGGCCAACAUCGAGGAUAAGGUUAUCAUGAAAAUCGGAGCCAGAUAUGAUGUGGGAAAGUACCUCCCCUCAAAAGAUUUCCAACUCACCGCAUCGGGAAACGACUAUGUUGUCUGGGAAAGAAAGACUUAAACUUCUACUUCCACUGCCACCAGCUAUUAAUGUCAUUCCAUUUAUGGAAAUUUCUGUAAUUAAUUCAAUAAACUAAUGAAGAUUAUUAAUUUAUA